AAUGGCCGCUAUAUAAAUACCUGUCGCUAGAGGCCAAGCAGAGCCUGGUAGUAAUGGCUGCGCCCUGAAGGGUCACAUGAGUGAGAAGAGCCCUGAGAGAGACUGCGGCUCGUCAGGCAGAUAGAAGCUCGGAGCAGCCGGGACUAUGGACGGGGAGCAACAGCAGCUACGUAAUCUCCGGGACUUCCUGCUGGUCUACAAUAAGAUGACGGAGAUGUGUUUUAGCCGCUGCGCCAAGAACCUGAACUACCGCUCGCUGACCAUGGAGGAGGAGCGGUGUCUGGACAGUUGUGCCUCCAAAUUCAUCCGUUCCAACCACCGCCUGAUGGCCUCGUACGUGGGGCUGAUGCCGGGGAUGGUGCAGCGCAGGAUGGCGGAUUAUGAGAACCAGAACAAAGAGGCGGCGAGUGAGCCAGCGGUCCUGACGGAGAGCAGCGGCAGCACCCCGGAGCAGGGCCCCCCCCAGGUGUCGGGGGCCCUAGAUGCAGCAGUCACCCAACCGCCUGUGUAAUGAGAUGUGACUCCGUUAUCACUACUUUGGCCCUGGGGCCCCUGUAAAGUGUCACAGGAUGGUGGGGCUCCUGUGAAGGAACAUUCCCCGCAGGGCGGCACGGUAAUGCCAGGAUAGUGCCGCCACCUGGUGUGCUAUGAUUUGUGUGGAGGUCCGCCAUGUCAGGGAGGCAAUAAAUCUGCUGACUGCC